UCUUUUUCUCUUUCCCUUUCUGUUUCUCUGUCAGAGUCUGAGAACGAAAGCGUCAAUGGCGAAUGAUGAGGAGGCAGAGAGUGAAGUGGGAGUGGAAGAAGAGGAAGAAGAAGAAGAAGAAGAAGAAGAGAAAUGGGUGAAGCAUUAUUCGUCGUUUCAUCAAAUACUGUUGGUGGGUGAUGGAGAUUUCUCUUUCUCGUUGAGUUUGGCUCAGUCUUUUGGCUCCGCUUCCAAUAUCCUCGCUUCCUCUCUCGACUCUUAUGAUGUGGUGAUCAAGAAGUACAAGGCGGCAAAAUCGAAUUUGGUAAAUUUAAAAAAGCUGGGGGCAUCCCUCUUACAUGAAGUGGAUGCGACUAAAAUGAAAUUUCAUACUGAUCUGAAAAUGCGGAAAUUCGAUCGGAUUAUCUACAACUUUCCUCAUGCAGGGUUCUUUGGAAAGGAAGACAAUGCACAUCUGAUUAAGAUGCAUAGAGAUCUUGUGGAUGGCUUCUUCAGGAAUGCAAGAGGCAUGCUCCGAGCUAGCGGUGAGAUUCAUGUAAACCACAAAACUACAGCUCCAUUCUGCCAAUGGAAUAUAGAGGAACUUGCUUUACAGAACUCUUUGAUAUUGGCCGAGUGUGUUGAUUUCAAGAUAGAAGACUACCCAGGUUACAAAAAUAAGCGAGGGGAUGGUUCAAGAUGUGAUGAACCCUUUCCUUUGGGAGAGUGCAGCACCUUUAAAUUCAGAUUGUCCCAUAAAACUAAAAGGUCGCUUAGAGACAUAAGACAUUUGGCUCCAGCAAGUCACUUAACAAAUAUGGAACAAGUUUCAGAGGGUGUAUGGUUGCCAUUAGCAACUAGAAGGGUUACACCUUUGGCUCCGGCGGAACAUGGAAUAUCUCAGCAAUUUCUAGAGAUUCCAUUCCAAAUGCAGCAGCGCUCAACUUCAAAUGAUUUAAAUUAUCCUCGAGCAGGUCACUUAACAAAUAUGGAACAAGUUCCGGAGGAUGUACAUUUGCCAUUCACACCACAUUUGGCUCCAGCAGCACAUGGAAUAUCUCAGCAAUUUCUAGAGACUCUAUUCCGAAUGCAGCAGCGCUCAACUUCAAAUGAUUUCAAUUAUCCUCGAGCAGGUCACUUAACAAAUAUGGGACACGUUUCGGAGGAUGUACAUUUGCCAUUCACACAACAUUUGGCUCCAGCAGCACAUGGAAGAUCUCAGCAAUUCCUAGAGACUCCAUUCCGAAUGCAGCAGCGCUCAACUUCAAAUGAUUUCAAUUAUCCUCGAGCAGGUCACUUAACAAAUAUGGGACACGUUUUGGAGGAUGUACAUUUGCCAUUCACACAACAUUUGGCUCCGGCAGCACAUGGAAGAUCUCAGCAAUUCCUAGAGACUUCAUUCCAAAUGCAGCAGCGCUCAACUUCAAAUGAUUUCAAUUAUCCUCGAGCAGGUCACUUAACAAAUAUGGAACACGUUUGGAGGAUGUACAUUUGCCAUUCACACAACAUUUGUCUCCGGCAGCACAUGGAAGAUCUCAGCAAUUCCUAGAGACUCCAUUCCGAAUGCAGCAGCGCUCAACUUCAAAUGAUUUCAAUUAUCCUCGAGCAGGUCACUUAACAAAUAUGGAACACGUUUCGGAGGAUGUACAUUUGCCAUUCACACAACAUUUGUCUCCGGCAGCACAUGGAAGAUCUCAGCAAUUCCUAGAGACUCCAUUCCGAAUGCAGCAGCGCUCAACUUCAAAUGAUUUCAAUUAUCCUCGAGCAGGUCACUUAACAAAUAUGGGACACGUUUCGGAGGAUGUACAUUUGCCAUUCACACAACAUUUGGCUCCAGCAGCACAUGGAAGAUCUCAGCAAUUUCUAGAGACUCCAUUCCAAAUGCAGCAGUUUUCACCUUCAAGUAAUUUUAGUCAUCCUCGAGCAGGUCACUCAAUGAAGGAUCGAGUUUCAGAUGAUGUGCGGUUGCCGUUAACAAUCGCUGCCAGAAAUGAAAGAUUUGCGAUGAUUGAUGGGCACUUGAAUAAUCAAACAGAAAUAUUUGGAAGAAAUGUGAUUGAUUCAAGCUACAUUCAUGCACCAAGGUUUCAUUUUAGAUGCUCUGCAGAAAUGCCAGGAAGAACCUUGAAUGGUGACACAUAUGUUUUGCGUGAGCUUCAGCGUAGGAACGCUAUUUUGAGGUCAAUGCAGCUGGCGAGGUUGAUGUUGGAUCAAGGUUGAUGUUUUACGUUUCUAUAUCCGUCGGUUCUUUCAAGUUUCUAUAUCUGUUACAGUUUCAUGUUUUUUUGGGAGCUGAUUUCUUGCGGGCAUCCACACUACACAUUCUGUUUAGAUGUUAAUAAUUUGACCUUUUUGUGCAAAAUGGUUGUAUUGUAUGUAUGCUGUACCAACUUGCCUUAGGGAAGCAAGUUUUUAGAGAUAAAUUAUGGUUCGUUUGAUAAUACUUUCAGAGGUUGCUUUUUGGUUGAAAAAGUGUUACGUGACGUAAAGGUGAAUAAUUUGAA